AUGGCGUCUCAGCGCCAGGCCUCGUCCGCCUCACAGACCCCCCUCAUCUCCCCCGCCGAACUCGCCUACCUCUACACCUCCCUCGCGCUCCCCGGCAGCCCCAUCCGCCCCGAUGGACGCUCCCCGACGCAGUUCCGCCCUCUAACCGCCGAAACGGACAUCCUCCCCGGCACGAACGGCAGCGCGCGCGUCGGCUUCGCAGAUGGCACGCAAGCGAUCGUCGGCGUGAAGGCCGAGGUCGAGAAAACGGCGCUGUCGCCCGACGCCGUGGACCUCUCGCAGCAGGCGCAGACAACGGAGGGCGGCGAGGACGGGAAACCUGCGCCGACUGGUGGGCAUGGAUCGUGGGUGCAGAUGUCUAUCGAGAUCCCUGGGUUUCGGGACGAUGAUGCCCUCCCUGUGUUUCUGUCCGAGAUGAUGCGCGAGCCGUUGGUUGAGUCGGUGUCGAAUGGACAUGGUGAUGGCGAGGACGUUGCGGAGAUGGCGGGCGGGUUGAAGGGUCGGUUGGUGAUUAAUAGACGGUGGCAUUGGCGGUUGUAUAUUGAUGUCCUCCUUCUUUCCCAGCCUCUAUCUUACCCGCUACCCCUCCUAUCCCUAACAACCCAUCUGGCGCUCCUAUCGACGAAGCUCCCGAAGCUGAAAUCCAAGGGCGAGGAAGACCCCUUCUUCGACGACGACUGGGACGCCGCGGAGUAUCUGUACCCUCGCACGCGGUCGAGACUGCUGUCCCAGAAGGUUCGCCCGCCCGUGACGCUGCUGGUCAUUUCGGUCGGCGAGAAUAUCAUCUUCGAUCCGAACCGCGAGGAAAUCACCGUUGCGGACGCCGUUAUGGCGAUUUCGGUGACUCGGGACGGUGAAUCGGAUGGGUUGAAGCUUCUAUCUAUAAGGACUGUUGAUCCGCCGUCGCGGUUGACGCAGCCGGGCGUGCCGAAUUCGGAGAAUAUGGCCACCGGGGCGGCGGUGAAUGCCGGCGAGGGGUCACUUGUUACCGGCGGGGAAGAGACGCCGGGGGUUUGGAGGCCGAGGAGGGGUGGUGUGAAGCGGAAGACGGUGGCGCGGAUGAUCAAGUUGGUUCUUGAGAAGGGGGGUGUGGGCGAGGAGGUUCUGGAUGGGUUGGAGAAUGUUGAGGUUGGCUGA